AUUCAGCGGCAGAAUGCACCACGAGGGUUUAGUGUUAAGUCCUCACUGGAACAAAUAUAGCCACUGUGAAUCCAGCUGGAGGGGUUGGUAGCUGAUACCGGGGCCUGACCACAGUGCAUGGAGACGCUCUCAGCCUCUCAGACAGCCGCCAGCUGACUCACAGCUCCUCCACAACAAACCAACGGACGCUGCUGCUGCUGCUGCUGCUGCUGCUGCUGCUGCUCCACGAUGUGCAGCAUUGGAGGAAGUUGUUGAGUUGUUUUGUCAGAGCGGGCCACCUGAGCAGAGUCCCGUUCUCCAGCUGAGUUGACCUAAAGAAACAUCUUUGUUACAUGUGUACAGUCAUGAAGUUCAACCAGUGCGUACUGCAGGACACACCUGGGAGCCAUGGCGACAACAAAGUGUGGAAAUGGCACAUUCAGGACCCCGCCAGCCAGAGACUGACGUGGAACAAGCCGCCAAAAAGUGUCCUUGUCAUCAAGAAGAUUCGAGAUGCCAGUCUGCUUCAGCCUUUCAAAGAGCUUUGCGUAUUCCUCACCGAGGUGAAAAACAUGAUUGUUUAUGUGGAAAAGAAAGUUCUGGAGGACCCAGCCAUUUCAGGAGAUGAAAACUUUGGGGCCAUUACCAAGAAAUUCUGUACUUUCAGAGAAGAUCUUGAUGACAUCUCAAACCGUGUGGACUUCAUCAUCUGUCUUGGUGGAGAUGGGACUUUGCUGUAUGCAUCUUCGCUCUUCCAGGAGAGUGUUCCACCAGUUAUGGCCUUCCACCUGGGCUCCCUGGGCUUCCUGACACCUUUUAAAUUUGACACCUAUCAGUCUCAGGUCACCCAAAUUAUUGAAGGUAAUGCUGCCAUCGUUCUGCGAAGUCGCUUGAAAGUCCGAGUUCUUAAAGAGAACUGGGAAAAGAAGGCCAGAGUGGACGAGAAGGGGAUCAUCCUGACCAACGGGGACGUCGAAAGUAGCAGCAAAGCCAUGCAGUAUCAGGUUCUGAACGAGGUGGUGGUGGACAGAGGACCCUCCUCCUAUCUCUCCAAUGUGGACCUGUUCCUGGAUGGACACCUCAUCACCACAGUGCAGGGAGACGGUGUGAUUGUAUCUACACCUACAGGAAGUACAGCGUACGCUGUGGCUGCAGGAGCUUCCAUGAUCCAUCCCAACGUCCCCGCCAUCAUGAUCACCCCCAUCUGCCCUCACUCGCUCUCCUUCAGACCCAUCGUGGUGCCUGCCGGGGUGGAGCUCAAGAUAAUGCUGUCACGUGACGCCAGAAACACGGCCUGGGUGUCAUUUGAUGGAAGAAAGAGACAAGAGAUCUGCCAUGGAGACAGUAUUACCAUCACCACUUCCUGCUUCCCUGUUCCCUCCAUCUGUUUCCGUGACCCGGUCAACGACUGGUUCGAGAGCCUGGCCCAGUGUUUGCACUGGAACGUCAGGAAGAAGCAGAACUACCUCAGCUCAGAGGACGAGGAGUUCUGAGGCCGAUUCCAUGAUCUUCAGGAUCUUCUCCGAGGUCUCCACGACUCCAAAGUCUUGGUUUUAGCUCGCCCGUGCUCUGUGCCGCUUGGUCUUUUAUGAAAAGAGGGUCUCACCAAACUCCACUCAAAAAAAUCUCAAAAUAAUAUUUCUCUUUGUGUGUAUUAGAAUGACUGUGGUGAAAGAACUGGGCCAAACAGCUCUUUACUGUGGUCCUCCAUAUUGGAUUUGGCAAAAAUAAAUAUGUGAGAAAAAAUAGGAGAACUAUGAAACCUCAAAGUCAACAAUUCAAUUCAAUUCAAUUCAUUAAAUAAGACAUUUAAAAAAGAUCAUAUGAAUGAAUUAAAUAGAAUAUAAAUAACUGAAAUCAUUUUUAAAAUGACAGAAUUACUGUAAAAUGUUCUUUCAGUUCUUUUUCAUUUUUAUUUCAAUUGGCUGAAACUCAACAGUCUUGAAAAGUGACAUUUGGAAAUAAAAGCUGUAAUGAAGCGCAAAUGAUAUUAAAUAACUCUUACUAUGAAACAAAAAGAUGAAAAGACAAAAAAACAAAAUAUUUGUCUUACUAACUUAACAGUUUAUUGAACACUUUGUGUCUCCAUAGAGAGACACUCACUCAUUCUCCUCAGAGAACCUCGAUGACGACAUGAGAAAAAUGCAGCGUUAAUAAGGAGCCUCAUUAUACAUCAUGUUAAAAUGGUGGAUUUUUGAAUGGAGUUUGGCAUCACUACUGGUCCAGGAUUGUCCCAGUGUGUUUUCAGUCUGGUCUUUUGUCCAAUGCAAUUUGUUGGACCAGUAAUCAGAGGGUAAUGCAAAGUAUGGGACAACCUGAGACUAAAUGCACAAGUUCAGCUGUGGACAGCAGUUUACUACAAUACUCUUGACCGGUGGUAUCGAGUCUGUUCUAGCACUUUUUAAUCUUUGAGACAACAGGCAGGGACGUGUCUGCUACUUUAUAAUAAGCUCCCUGUCCCAGUAGAGGUGAAGGUCAGGUUGCACUUUUAUGGAAGAAAAAAAAAAACCUGUUGACUCAAACUUUCCCAAAUUCAGUUUUAUCAAAUCAGGAGAAACUGAUGUUCCACCGUCAUUGAAUGACACGUUUUUAACAGGACAUCUACUUGGCAAUAGCGGCCCGACUGUACAGACUGUGCCUUAAACACUGGUUUCACUCAUGUAUAGAAAUAUUAUUUUUUAAGGUUUACAUCAUGGUAAUGUUUUUAAUCACACACCUGCACAGAUUUGUGGUUUCGUGCAUUUUUCACUAUAACUAGAUGUCGACCUGUCUCUGCUGUUUGCAGCACGUGACACUUGAUUAACUAAUUGAAUUAUCUAUGUUCCACAGUAUCUCUGUUCUGCAGUCAUGUAGUGAAUGUGUUGAGUGAUAUUCAUUCCAGGCAGAGAGAGGAGCGUCUGUCCUUUAAGCCAUAGCUGAACUCUGUAGUUUUUAUAAACCGACAUCUGUGGGCUCUGGGUGCUUUAAUGGUUUGUGUGUGUGUGUGUGUGUGGUGUUGAGGGAUUAAAUUAUUACAGACUUUGCUACCAGUCUGCCACUGCACAGCCUUUGCUGAAUAUUUCGAGGUGGCCUACCUUACAUCUGCUCAGAUAUAAUGUCUAGAUGUUAAUAUAUAUUCUGUGUGAAUUGGCUCAAACUAAAAAAUGAAAUGUGGUGUCGACUUGUCGUAACUCAAGAGGACCAACUGAGCUCUGAAAGGCAAUCAUUCCUUUAACUCUGCGUGUGUAUAUACAUGUGAUGUUUGAAGAACGUUUUGUAACGUCUAUAUGUUUAUUAACCAGUUUACAAUGUAUCAUUUCUGAAAAUAAAUCUAUUUGGUACUUUUUUUUACAUUAAUAAGCUCUUCACUUGUUAAUUCUGUCUGUUGGUGGAGAAAAGUUUUCUCUCUCUCUAACUCGAUUUCUCAACAGCUUGUAGUUGGUUAGAAAAUACCCUGUACUACAGUGCGAGUACUCCAACAUUUAAUAAAGCCAAAGCUAGUCUAACCCUAGUUUUCAAAGCAGAUACUGCCACCUGAUACAGUUUGUUGUCUGAACUGUUUAAUCUCAGUAAAGUCCAGACUUCAGCUUCUCUGUCAACUCUUCUCACUUUUGUAACUCAGACCCUCUAACUCUUUUGUAUCAGUAAGAUUGUUAAUGUUUCUAAUAUGAACUUUUUUUCCCAGAGCACUUUAAUAAACGGAGAGAAAGUUCAACCAG